AUGGCGCACCGCAAGAAGGUCCUGCUCAAGGUCAUCAUCCUCGGCGACAGCGGGGUCGGGAAGACGUCGCUCAUGAACCAGUACGUGAACCAGAAGUUUAGCACGCAGUACAAGGCGACGAUCGGCGCCGACUUCCUCACGAAGGAGAUCAUGCUUGACGAGAAGCUCGUGACGAUGCAGAUCUGGGACACGGCCGGGCAGGAACGCUUCCAGAGCCUUGGCGUCGCCUUCUACCGCGGCGCCGACGCCUGCGUUCUUGUCUACGACAUUACAAACCCGACGUCCUUUGACAAGCUCGACAGCUGGCGCGACGAGUUCCUUGCCCAGGCGGGCCGCGCGAUCCGGAGAACUUUCCGUUCAUUGUUCUCGGCAACAAAGUCGACCAGGAAGCUGACCGAAGGGUACGCUAUCGGCUGUCAAGGCACGGUGGUGACGCAAAAGAUUGAGCAGUGGUGCAAGGCCAAGAACGCGCAGCACCCGAUCGCAUUCUUUGAGACGAGUGCCAAGGAAGCCACCGGCGUCGAAGAAGCUUUCCACACGAUCGCCAAGACAGCGUUGCAAAAGGGCCAGGACGAUGACAUUUUUGUCCCGGCGGCCACGAUCGAUCUCAGUGGCGCGACGCCGGCGGCCAGCAAGGGCGGCUGCUGCUAA